AUGGACCCUCCACCUCCAUAUUUCCCACGAGUUCCACUCACACCUCAAGACUGCGAAACAGCCUCCAUCCACUCCGCAGCACCGUCCUACAUCAGCGAAGCCCCAACCUACACCUCUCUCCUGCCUCCCUCUCCCUCGUCGUCUCCCCGGACCGGCCUCCCUUCACCAUACGGAACGCCGGAGUCCCUUCGCAACCCUCGCACGCAAGCAAACUCCAUUCCCUCCCUCGACGUCUAUCGCGUCUCCAGCUUCCCACGCACGCACCCCUCAAACCCGACGGCCCGCCACUACCACAGCGUGGCCUCUCGUAGGGCCUCCUUACUUACCAUGCAAGAACAGUCUACCCUGCUCGCCGCCGCCUUACAUGGAGAAGACGGCAUCGAGCGCAUGAAACGGCGAAUGGAAGGAGAGGAGCGCGAGCGGGGGAUCCGGGCGAAUGAAGAUCCGGAACUCGUUGGGGAGGAGGCGGCGAAGAGGAAUCGGGAGGAGCGGGAGAAGAGGGAGGGUCGAUGGGGUGUCCUCGAGAAGGAGGAUAGGAGGUGGGAUUGGCUGUUGGCACAGAUGAGUGAUUGGGAGGAGAGGGAUAAGAGUUGGAAGAAGUUCCGGCGGGAGCUGGAGGGGGGGAAGAGGGCGAAGUUGGCGAAGAGGUUGGGGAUGGGGAGGCCUUGA